AUGCAGCCCUUUCGAUACACGCUUUCCGAUAAUGAUACCGUGGCAGGUGUACACUCUGUUCCACUACCUUCGACUUCCACUCUCGCCUACCGCCCUCUGAUCGUCGGCAUGCAUGGAGGAUCCUAUGAUCACCAGUAUUUUGAUGCCACCCCACAACUCUCUGCCUCCAUGGCGAGUGCUGCCUUUGGCGUUCCCUUUGUAUCUAUAGAUCGUCCUUCCUAUGGGCAAACAAGUUCUAUCUUGCCUAUUCCUGAGGGGACCGACUUCUUCGAACAGACUGCUAUCUCGCUCCACCAAAAGAUACUCCCUGAACUUUGGCGGAAGAUCGGGUCGCCAAACCACUGCAAUUGCAUUGUCCUAUUAUGUCAUAGCUUAGGAGUGAUUCCAGGCAUUAUCACGGCAGCUCUGCAUGCACAGGAUAAGACACCACUAUACCCUCUUGGCGGUUUAAUUGCAAGUGGCAUGGGCGAUAAGCAGUCUUCAUCCAUGAAAGGUGGUGAUCCUCCUUUCAUUCCCGUCGAUGAGAAUUAUGUGAUUUUCCCUCCGGAGGUAAAAGACAAAACCAUGUUCAAGCCCGCGACUUUUGACCCUGAUAUUCUGGGACACAGUGAGCGCCUCAAUGUGGCUUUCCCCAUCUCAGAAGCAACACAGUUCGCUGCUGCUUGGCUCCCAAUCUGGAAACAGAAGUGGGCAGCGCACGUUUCAGCGCCUGUGAUGUUUUCACUUGUGGAGAAUGACCCAUUUUUUGUUUCUACCGACGAGGAAAUUGGAACAUGCGUCAAGGCAUUCAAAAGCAGUGUGCGUGUUGAUGGGAGUUUGCUUAGAGGCGCGCCUCAUUGUGUGGAGCUUAGCCAUUGGUCGCAAGGUUGGUACGCUCGAUGUUUUGGGUUCGCCAUGGAAUGUGCUGCCAGUUUCGCUAGCUCUACCUAA